AUGCCUCCCAGAUCCCAGAACCAUAAACCAAGUAAUGCCCGCCACGCGCGUACGACUUCAUGGUCGAGUGGCUAUCAUCAUAUAACCCAAGGAAACGGCACCGGUGAACAAUCCGACUCAACAUAUCCUCCACGACGUCGUCGCGAGUCCCAAAUAUCUCUCGCCAGCGUUGACGAGGCCCCCUCCCCAGAUUCCUACGGCCCCGAUGACCCCGACAUGAUCCGCAAUACCUCGAUGGAUUUGGAUAGCCAAAAGAACCAUGUUCGCAGCCGCUCGCAGAGUCAGGCCCAGCUUCACGCUCUGCAGCAGUCGGAUCUGCCAGCUGCACCUCCUCCUUCCCGUCCCGCCGCCGUGACGUGGAUGUCUCUACCGCGCAAAGGCCAAUUAGCUUUACUUGGUCUUUGUCGUGUGUUUGAUUUCUUGCAGAUCGCCUCGCUGCAGGCUUACAUGUUCUACCAGCUUAAGUCCUUUGAUGAGAACCUCUCCGACUCCGAUGUUGCUACCCAGGCUGGUAUCCUUCAGGGUGCUUUCACAGCAGCCCAGUUUGCGACGGCGAUCCCUUGGGGUCGUGUUGCCGAUGCGGAGUGGGGUGGUCGUCGAUUUGUCUUGCUGGUAGGACUUGUAGGAACUGCGGUGUCUUGUUUGGGUGUUGCGUUCUCCACGUCGUUCGCGCAGGCCGUGUUCUGGCGUUCAUUUGGCGGUGCUAUCAACGGUACUGUUGGUAUUAUUCGAACUAUGAUUGCGGAGAAUGUGAAGGAGAAGAAAUAUCAUUCCCGAGCUUUCUUGAUUCUCCCUAUUGGAUUUAACAUUGCUUCAUUAUUUGGUCCUGUUAUGGGUGGUAUGAUGGCCGAUCCUGUAAAGAGCUAUCCCCGCUUGUUUGGCCCGAACUCUUCAUUUGGAGGCGAGAAUGGUGUAAAGUGGUUGGAACACUACCCAUAUGCUCUGCCCAUGUUGUCUAACUUCUUUUUCCUGACCACCUGCGCCUGUUUGGUGGCCUACGGUUUGGAGGAGACCUUGCUUUCUUGCAAGGGUAAGCCCGGUUUGGGCUCAUAUGCUAUGAAGUUCUUCGCUCGUGGCGUGAGGAAAGUUGUUGGAUCUUCCUCUCCUCUGUACACAAGACUGCCUUUCCGCGACUACGAGGAGAGCGGCCCUCUACUUGCCGGUGCCUUGGAUCGCUCUGAAAGCUAUGAAAUGGAAGAGAAGGCUACUAAGCCUGUCCGCACGAAGCGCGUGCUGCCCUUCCGCCGCAUUUGGACCAAGAACGUCCUGUGCACUCUUGGAGCACAGGCUUUCUUCGACUUCCAGAUGGGUGCUUUCAACAACCUCUGGCUACUUUUCCUGUCCACUCCUCGCUACGACCCCGCUGACCCCGCCAGCCCCGCUCAGAGCCUGCCUUUUAUCUUUACUGGGGGCUUGGGUAUGCUGCCGCAGAGUGUUGGCUUUGCCACUGCCAUUCUUGGAGUUAUUGGCAUGUUCCUUCAGUUCACCAUCUACCCCUCUAUCAACGGUCGUCUGGGUACAGCCAAGAGCUACCAGUACUUCCUAUCUCUUUUCCCGCUUGCCUACGCGCUGGCGCCCUAUAUUGCCUUAGCUCCAUCUACCAUUCCUCCUCCCGGUCAAGCCAACGGACCUUGGGUUUGGUUCUGGAUCAUCGUUGUGCUCUUCUGCCAGGUUACCGCGCGAACCUUCACCCUUCCAACCUCCAUUAUUCUUCUGAACAACUGCUCGCCUCACCCAUCCGUUCUCGGAACCAUCCACGGCAUCGGCCAGUCUGUUUCAUCCGCCUUCCGAACCAUCGGUCCUAUCUUUUCUGGUGCAUGGUACGGUUCUGGUCUGGAUAUGGGUAUGGUUGGUUUCGCCUGGUGGCUUAUUGCCUUGGUCUCCGUAUUUGGCUGCGUUGCUGCCAUCUUCGUGUACGAGGGCUCUGGCCAUGAGAUCCUUCUUCCCGGUGAGGAAGAUGAGGUUAUUGACCAUUAA